UUGGGGGGCUGGCUUACAGAUUUAGUCCAUUAUCAUCAUAGCGGGAAGCUGGAGAUGUAGCUGAGAGUUCUCAUCCUGAUUGGCAGACAGCAGUAAAAUAGUGAGACUCUGGGCCUGGCUUGAAUAUCUAAAGUUCAAAGCCCACCCCCAGUGACAUAAUUUCUCCAACAAAGCCACACCUACUCAUGUAAGACCACACCUCCUAAUAGUGCUCUCCUGUGGACCUAUGGGUUUCAUUUCACUGUCCAUCCCUGGUUGUCCUGGAACUAGCACUUGUAGACCAGGCUGGCCUCGAACUCACAGAGAUCCGCCUACCUUUGCCUCCUUAGUGCUGGGAUUAAAGGUGAGCGCUGCCACCACCGGCCUGCAAGCCUUGGCAGUUAGUUGUAACCAACUAGGUUGGUCCACUCAUUCUCGGCAGGCCAAUUAAGAAGACAAAGGUGGAGAGAGAGGAAAGAGAGAGAGAGAGAGAGAGAGAGAGAGAGAGAGAGAGAGAGAGAGAGAGAGAGAGAGAGAGAGAGAGAGAGAGAGAGAGAGAGAUUGAUUUUAGUCAAUAUGGCCACAUCAGAAAGAACAAUGACCGCUAGUGGCAUUCUCUACUCCGAGUCCAUCUCCAGGGUUCUGACAAGUGGUUUAGUUUAGGCUUACAUAGACGCCAAGAAGUAUGUGUAACUAAGCAGUACUUUGUCGAGGUGUGGUCGCAUCCAUCAUUUCCAGUUUCUCUGGUAAGGUAGUCUGACAAGUUUUCGGAACUGUGAAACAUCUUUCCUGGAGUCAAGUUCCUCAGUUGGCCCUAGUCUUUUCCUUCUCCCAGCAUGGACUCCCAGGGAAACUGCAAUUUCAGUCCAGUGUUUUAACAGUCUGAUUGCAAACGAGCAUCCAUCGGGGUCUCUAGAAUACCUUCAAUCCAGCCAGGAUGGUUUUAGACGCCCAAGAUUGGAAGGGCUUCCCACCGGCAGCGAGACAGCUCAUACUUACUUCCGCAUGCCAGAGGAUGAGCUGGCUGAGGUCGGAAAUGCCCCGCGAGAAGGCGAGAUUCCUUUGGCCACAGCUUGGCCACAGCUAAACCGCCACGGGCAAGAGGCAAGCGGAAGUUCUCCGUGGACACCAAUUUUCCUUGCAGCCCUUAAGUCCCACCCCUCUGGUCAAGGCGGCGUCUCCGUGGCGACACGCUGCGAUGUGCGGCUGCGCAGGAGUGACGGGGCUCGGACAAGAAGGAGGGGGUGUUUUGGUUCUCGCCGCUCGCCGUCCUUUCCAGACCUGGCUGUCGGAAAGCUGCCUGGUCCUGCUUUGCCUUCCCCUUCCCUUCCCUUUCCUUACCCGGAUUUUCCCUCCUUCCCUUUACGUGCCUUUCUUUGAUUGCCUGCAGCCCCGGGGCCGGGCCAUUUUCCGGGCCGGGCGCACGAAAGCGCGCGGCCCCGGGGCCCAGUAUAUGACCCGCCGCCCUGCCGCCCCUUGCUUCCUCCGCCCCAUGUGGCUGCGGGGCCACGGCGGCGCUGCCCACUAUGGCCCGGAAAGCAGUUAGCAGGAAGCGGAAAGCACCUGCCUCGCCUGGAGCCGGGAGCGACGCUCAGGGCCCGCAGUUUGGCUGGGAUCACUCACUACACAAACGGAAAAGACUCCCCCCAGUGAAGAGAUCCUUAGUGUACUACCUGAAGAACCGGGAGGUCAGGCUGCAGAAUGAAACCAACUAUUCUCGGCUGUUACAUGGUUACGCGGCACAACAGCUUCCCGGUCUCCUGAAGGAGAGAGAAUUUCACCUUGGGACCCUUAAUAAAGUGUUUGCUUCUCAGUGGUUGAAUCAUAGGCAAGUGGUGUGUGGCACAAAAUGCAACACGCUCUUUGUAGUAGAUGUCCAGACUGGCCAGAUCACCAAGAUUCCCAUUUUGAAAGACCGGGAACCUGGAGGUGUGUCUCAGCAGGGCUGUGGUAUCCAUGCAAUAGAGCUGAAUCCUUCUAGAACACUCCUAGCCACUGGAGGAGACAACCCAAACAGUCUGGCCAUCUAUCGGCUGCCCACAUUAGAUCCUGUGUGUGUGGGUGAUGUAAGUUUUUCCAUUGCCUGGUCUACAGAGUUAGUUGCUCUGUCGGGCUCACGGGAUGGUUCCAUGGGACUCUGGGAGGUGACAGAUGAUGUAUUGACCAAAAGCGAUGCAAGACAUAACGUGUCACCAGUCCCUGUGUAUGCUCACAUCACUCACAAGGCCUUAAAAGAUAUCCCCAAGGAGGAUACAAACCCGGACAACUGCAAGGUGCGGGCUUUAGCCUUCAACAACAAGAACAAGGAGUUGGGAGCAGUAUCACUGGAUGGCUACUUUCAUCUCUGGAAGGCUGAAAAUACAUUGUCUAAGCUCCUUUCCACCAAAUUGCCAUAUUGUCGAGAGAAUGUGUGUCUGGCCUAUGGUAGCGAGUGGUCAGUGUAUGCAGUGGGCUCUCAGGCGCAUGUCUCCUUCUUGGAUCCACGACAGCCGUCGCACAACGUCAAGUCUGUCUGCUCCAGGGAGCGAGGCAGUGGGAUUCGAUCAGUGAGCUUCUAUGAACAUAUUAUCACUGUGGGGACAGGGCAGGGCUCCCUGCUCUUCUAUGAUAUCCGAGCACAGAGAUUUCUGGAAGAGAGGCUCUCGCCUUGUUAUGGAUCGAAGCCCAGACUCGCAGGGGAGAAUCUGAAAUUAACUACUGGCAAGGGCUGGCUGAAUCAUGAUGAAACCUGGAGGAAUUACUUUUCGGACAUUGAUUUCUUCCCCAAUGCUGUUUACACCCACUGCUAUGACUCGUCCGGAACGAAGCUCUUUGUGGCAGGAGGUCCCCUCCCUUCUGGGCUCCAUGGAAACUAUGCUGGACUGUGGAGUUAAUGACAGCUAACUUUCUCCCAAAUGCAGAUUUACACUAACUUCCACCCUCAGUUUCAUUGUUUGGUCUUUUGAUUCCCCUGCUGUGGAAGCCCUCCUGAAUAGCGCAGACCCCAGUUUGCCAUGGUUCAGCCAAUACUAGGAGGAAGCUCUGCAGAAAUCCAAAAAGUGGGGUUUUUCUUUGGUUGGUUGGUGGUUUGUUGUUUUGGGUUUUUUGUUAAGUUGUUUGGUAGAUUUUUGUUGUUGUUGUUGUUUGGUUUUCCUUUCAGUAAUCAGAAUUUUACCCCCCUCUCUUUCUGCUUUUUCAACCAAACGUUGUUACAAAUCCCUGUUUAAUUUUUCAUUAAGUGACACAUACUCUCCUUUCUCUGGCUUCUUUACACUGAAAUGACAAGGUCAUUCUCACCUUACUUCAUUUGAGAGGUAGGGCCCCUUUAUAAUUAUGUGGUAGCUGUCAGACUUUCUGUGAAAGUUUGGGAGCUGUGUGUGUGUGUGUGUGUGUGAACUUGUGUGCCUGCUGGCGCUGUGCCACUGAUCCUACUUGGAGUGUGAACUUGUGUGCCUGCUGGCGCUGUGUCAUUGACAGUACUCGGAGUGUGAACUUGUGUGACACCUGACGCUGUGUCAUUGACACUACUCGGAGUGUGAACUUGUGUGCCUGCUGGCGCUGUAUCACUGAUCCUACUUGGAGUGUGAACUUUUGUGCCUGCUGGCGCUGUGUCACUGACACUACUCGGAGUGAGGAUUAUCUAUACUAAAGUAUUUAUAAAAGAACUUUACUCAGAGUCCAGCUUUGGGACUAGCCUGUAUCUUUUGUAAUGUCUGACACUGUAGGAAGUGAAAAUUUAAAGAAACAAACCCCACCAGGAAAACCCUUGAGUUAGAGUAGCAGGCUUGGGGUGGGAGGGGAGGCUCCAUGCCAGGACUUCAGAUUGCUCGCCCCUGCCUGUCCUUCCCACUAUGUAUCCCCAGGUAAGAAUGCCCGUGUGUGUGUGUGUAUGUUACUUCCUAAUCUCUGGUGUCUUAGCCCAGGCCACUUGGCUAAACAUUAGGUGCAUCUCUGGGACUGCAGAAGGCCUCCUGGUCUAGGGAAAGAGUCUCCUCUCCCCCGUCUCCUCUCUGCUCUGGGUCUGAUUUGGCCAAGACCAUGGUUACCAUUCUUGACAUGGCUACCAUUCACAGUCUCCUAGGACUUGUAGGAGGAACUGUUCCAUUCUUGGGGUUUUUGCUGGUAUUUUCCGACGGGCUUUGUCCAGGAAGGAGUGAUUGUAGCGAGCGCUGUGUGGAUGUCUGUUUUCACAGUGUAGUGGAUUAGGAAGUCACCUCCUGCUCCGCUGGCUCGCACCUGCGGUGGCAGGACAGGUGGCUGUGACAGCACAGGUGUGAUCAGACUACGCUUGUUCUUCUUUUGAACUUUGAGUCUGAGGCUUUUUAACUGCAGGCAGCUGGGCGUCACCCAGUCCUGAGAAGCGGAGUCGUCGACCUGCAUCCAGCUUCUCAGUUGCUCCCAGGUCUUCCCGUUUUCUCUGUGUCAUUGGAUUGCUGGGGAAGGGAAGCAGCAAGUUCACUUGUUAGUACACAGCAUAUGCCACAGGUGUUAGCAUAAUCACCCUAUAGUCUAGAGAAAUAGGUGCUAUGACAGGAAAUUAAGCAAAAUGCUGGAUGCUAUGAAUCUUUUGUCUUAAUUUUUUCUAUUGUUAAACUACAGGCUGUAGAUUUCUUAGUUCUCACAGAACUUAUCAUUUUAAACUGACUUGUAUAUUUAAAAAACAAAUCUUGAGUAGGAUGCUUUGUGCUAGAUUGACCAGACCGUCUGCUGUGAUGAGUUUGUUUUGAGAUGUUCUGUUUUUAAAAUGUAGCAUUUGACUUUUGCCAAGAAAAAUAAAUUCUAUCCUAGUGCAGA